CGAGCUCCCACUCGGCCGGCCGGGCUUGGGGAGGUCCCUGUAAGGGCCGCCUGCCCGCCCGCGGACUCCCGCGACGCUCCUCUCGCGCCUCGCCUCGGUCACUGCUCACUCGGGCACCACCGCGGGAGAGAUGGAGCUGGACCGCUGGGCGCAGCUGGGGCUAGUGUUCCUGCAGCUCCUUCUCAUCUCGUCCUGGCCGAGAGAAUACACAGUCAUCAACGAAGCCUGCCCUGGAGCCGAGUGGAAUAUUAUGUGUCGGGAGUGUUGUGAAUAUGAUCAGAUUGAAUGCAUCUGCCCUGGCAAGAAAGAAGUUGUGGGUUACACCAUCCCUUGCUGCAGAAAUGAGGAGAAUGAAUGUGACUCCUGUCUGAUUCACCCAGGUUGUACCAUCUUUGAAAACUGCAAGAGCUGCCGGAAUGGCUCAUGGGGAGGCACUCUGGACGACUUCUACAUCAAGGGCUUCUACUGUGCAGAGUGCCGAGCGGGCUGGUACGGCGGAGACUGCAUGAGAUGUGGCCAGGUUCUUCGAGCCCCAAAGGGUCAGAUUUUGUUGGAGAGCUACCCCUUGAAUGCUCGAUGUGAAUGGACCAUUCAUGCCAAGCCUGGGUUUAUCAUCCAACUGAGGUUUGUCAUGCUGAGCCUGGAGUUUGACUACAUGUGCCAGUAUGACUACAUGGAGAUCCGUGAUGGAGACAAAAACGACAGCCCCAUUAUCAAGCGUCUCUGUGGCAAUGAGCGACCAGCACCUGUCCGGAGCACGGGCUCUGCACUCCAUGUCCUCUUCCACUCCGAUGGCUCCAAGAAUUUUGAUGGCUUCCAUGCCAUUUUUGAGGAGAUCACAGCCUGUUCAUCAUCUCCUUGUCUGCAUGAUGGCACAUGCCUCCUGGAUACAAGUGGAUCUUAUAAAUGUGCCUGCCUGGCAGGCUAUACUGGGCAGCGCUGUGAAAAUUUUCUAGAAGAACGAAACUGUUCAGAGCUUGGAGGCCCAGUCAAUGGAUACAAGAAAAUAACUGGAGGGCCUGGGCUUCUCAAUGGGAACUAUGCAAAAAUCGGCACUGUUGUAUCAUUCUUUUGUAACAACUCCUAUGUUCUUAGUGGCAAUGAGAAAAGAAUUUGCCAGCAAAAUGGAGAGUGGUCAGGGAAACAGCCCAUCUGCAUAAAAGCCUGCCGAGAACCAAAGAUCUCAGACCUGGUGAGAAGGAGGGUUCUUCCAAUGCAAGUUCAAUCAAGGGAGACACCAUUACACCAGCUCUACUCAACAGCCUUCAGCAAGCAGAAACUGCAGGAUGCCCCUACCAAGAAGCUAGCACUCCCGUUUGGGGACCUGCCCACGGGGUACCAACAUCUGCACACCCAGCUCCAGUAUGAGUGCAUCUCACCCUUCUACCGCCGCCUGGGCAGCAGCCGAAGGACGUGUCUGAGGACUGGGAAGUGGAGUGGGCGGGCGCCGACCUGCAUUCCUAUCUGUGGGAAAAUUGAGAACACCACUUCUCCAAAGAGCCCAGUGAGCCGCUGGCCGUGGCAGGCAGCCAUCUACAGGAGGACCAGCGGGGUGCAGGAGGGCAGCCUGCACAAGGGCACCUGGUUCCUGAUCUGCAGCGGAGCCCUGGUGAACGAGCGCACCGUGGUGGCAGCUGCCCAUUGUGUUACUGAGCUGGGGAAGGUCAACGUCAUCAAGACGGCAGACCUCAAAGUCAUCUUGGGAAAAUUCUACCGGGAUGAUGACCAGGAUGAGAAGACCAUCCAGAGCUUACGGAUUUCUGCUAUCAUUCUGCAUCCCAACUACGAUCCCAUACUGCUCGAUGCUGACAUUGCGAUCCUGAAGCUCCUGGACAAGGCCCGCAUCAGCACCCGUGUCCAGCCCAUCUGCCUUGCUGCCACCCGGGACCUCAGUGUCUCCUUCCAGGAGUCCCACAUCACUGUGGCUGGCUGGAACAUCCUGGCAGAUGUGAGGAGCCCUGGUUUCAAGAAUGACACCCUGCGCUCAGGGACGGUCAGAGUGGUAGACUCACUGCUGUGUGAGGAGCAGCAUGAAGACCAUGAUAUCCCAGUAAGUGUCACUGACAACAUGUUCUGUGCCAGCCAGGAUCCCUCUACCCCUUCUAAUAUCUGCACUGCAGAGACAGGCGGCAUCGCAGCUGUGUCUUUCCCAGGAAGAGCAUCCCCUGAGCCACACUGGCAUCUGGUGGGGCUGGUCAGCUGGAGCUAUGACAAAACAUGCAGCCAUAGCAUCUCCACAGCCUUCACCAAGGUGCUGCCUUUUAAAGACUGGAUUGAGAGAAACAUGAAGUGAGCCACUGCAUGUCCACUGGGAAGCUUCCUUGUGGAUCCAUCCACACAGAUACUGUGUGAUGCGGUGUAAACCUGAAGUGUGAUUUUGCCCACGAACUUGGCUACGCCAGGGCUUCUGAUUUCAGGGACAUAGCUCAGGGGAGGGUGAGAGGUGCUCAGUUUUUGGUAGGCUGCUGCCUUCCUCACUGCAUAAUCUGACCAGGUGCAAGAUACCAGAUCUGAGUUUCUUCAAAGAAGACAGUAUGAAUAGACAAAAUCCUCCCAUUCAGUUGACCUGGUGGCUCUUCCAGCCACUCAGAAAUGUAACUGUCAGGUCCAGCUGUGGCUGAGAGAGGGUUGAUCUAGGGGCACUCUGGGCUUCAUGGGGCCUCUUUUGAGGCUCCAGCCAAACCAAGUUUCAAACAGCUACCUGUAGGACAUUCCAAGGCAAUGGAGCUUAGACAGUGCAUGCUUUUGUGUAUAUUGCUACAGUGCAGUCUGGAUCUUGUCCUUUCUGAUCUCCUGUACACAUUUUAAUAAAACAAGGGUUGGCUUCUAACCUACAAAA